AUGGACCCACAAUUAUACCAGCAGGUUCUGCUGGCCGUACAGGCAAGUCACUCGCCCUUGGCGUCGUCUGGCGAACGCCAAGCUGCUUAUGUAUUUUGCGAAGACUUUAAAAACCGUGCAGAUUGUGUUUCAUAUGCUGUGGCAUUGUAUCGCAAUCCAGGCGGAUGCGAUGCUUUGGAGCUGCACACUCGGCAACACUUUGCACUGCAUGUGCUGGAGCAUCACGUCCUUAACCACUGGAGCUUUCUUUCAGUCGAAAAUCAACACAAAUUGCGUAUUGAGCUCAUCUCACUGCUACUUCAUGAUACUCAAUCGGAUAGUGCAGACGAGCCUGUAUUUAUACGCGAAAAGAAGGUGUCACUUGUGGCACAUAUUGCCAAGCGACAAUUUCCUCAACAUUGGCCCGAACUGAUACCUGAUUUACUGCAAGUUUGGAGCACGGGAGCUUGCAGACAAGUGGAGUUGGUAUUAUUGAUUUUACGGUCUUUGGCCGAGGAUUGUGUCAGCAGCUCUUUCAAUACAUUGAUUCCACCUGCUCGAAGGAAAGACAUCUUACAAGGUUUGAAUGUGUGUCUUCCACAAUUGUUUCCUGUUGUGUAUCAAGAAUUGGAGAAGCGCUAUUCCAUUUACAAAUCCACAAUGACCACAAAAGUACAGAAAAGGUGGAGUGAGAGACUACUUCAUGCUGCGAUGGCGAUGCUUAAAGAGUUUUUUGAAUGGGUCCCGCUUGAACAACCCCUGAAUCCAGAUACGAACUUCAUUAUGGUUGCAGUUCUUUUUCUGGAAGAUGAAGAAUUCCAAUCAGAUGGAGCAGAGUGUUUACAAGCUUAUAUGACGAGGGGGUUUGGUAAGGAAAACCGAGCACUGAUGCUACAGAGCAUCGGUUUGAUAAUUGAAAAAGUCGAGAAUCUGAACUUAACGAAUUUAAAGCCUAAUCUGGAUAAAAAACUAAUGUUUCAUAAAAAAGUGAAUGAUCUUUUAGUGACGUGGGGAACGUGUCAAUUAGAGUUAAUGCUGGAUCACUCAGGGGAAUCAGAGAUGGCUCUCUUGCAUAUAAUUUUGAGGACUAUGUGCAAGUUAUUUGCGCAUCCAAGUAUAGUUGUAACAGAGGCGCAGAUUAUUUUCUGGCUAGUGGUUUUGAAGAACAAAACCGUCUUGAAACAGGGAGAGGCAUAUUUAAGUGAAAUUGUGGAACAACUCCGUCAAGUUUCGUUCGACAAAUAUUUUAAGUUAAGCUCACCCGAGCGUGAUGAGCCUGGACCGUACGAAUUGGCGUGUAUGUGUAGUAGAGAAGAUUUUGACGAUCACGUUGAGUACAUUUCAUACUAUGGAAAUUUCCGUGGACGUCUCUACGCAUUGAUUCGACUCUUAGUGCAGUCUAAUCCGACGGACGUGCUUCAAUCGUUACAUGAGCGCUUAAUAUUUGUUCUCUCGCAUUAUCGUUUCGGUACGGAUCAUCUGAGUCCAGAUUGCGAAUUUUGUACAGAUUUGAGUACCACGUACCUAUACCACGAAGGCAUCACGUCAUUGAUUGAUUGCAUUGUCAAGCAACUUCCUGCCAAGGCAAUGGAACAUGAAUCCACUUGCCGAUUAUUGCAAGGGAUACUGCAGGCAGUCAUGGCUUAUGAUAGUCCGGAUCCUUUGUUAAAAUUCCGCCAACUGCUUGUACUCGCAUCCUUUGCCAAGUAUUAUACACUCGACAGUAGCUCACUAACAAUCGUUUUUGAGAUUUUAUUCGCCAACAUCGACUUCGUCAUGCCUGGUGAAAAUGUGCACGGUCGGAUGAGUACUGACACGAUCAAUGUCCGACGAAGAGCACUCUCGUCGUUGGUAUCCAUCUGCCAGACCAUUCCAGCGCAUAUUUUGCCCGUACUACCCGUGUUGUGUACAAAAGCUCACGAAUUGUUUGCUUCUGAUCGAGUGACAGACACGGAAGGAGUAAUGUUGUAUGAAAUGUUGGUCUUGGUAUCCAAUUCGAUGGAAAGUUUAGACGAACGUGUGCGAUUCGUAGAGCAAAUUGUGCAGGAACCCAUUACCCACUGGACAAAUCCUGACACAACGGCACUCGUAAGCUCUCCGCAGAAUAUUAUGAACGCUAUUGAAGCUGCUGCUACGGACGAAAAGGUUAAAAAAGGACUUUGUGUGAUUCUGAAAUCUUUGACGACAUUGUACGGAAUUGCCAAGCGAGCAGGAGCGACGGCGUUAGGAAGCUCAAUAUACAACACAAGUGCUUUUGAUGGUGCGUGGCCACAUUUAUUGCCUAACUUAGUGGCGCUGAUACGCUCGCUUCAUGGUCUUCAAGCGUCGACAAUUAAAGAUGUGGUCUUACAAAGCUCUACAGCUUGCUGGUUACUGAGCAUAUCGAUAGAUGAAGUAGCUCAAUUGCUGGGAGGAAAGAAUCAAUUGGAAGAAGAAAAAGUUUCUAAGCUGCCUGCAGCUUCAAAGUGGUCCAAGUGGCACAAGAACGUGCGGGAUAUCUCCUACCAUUUAAUGGGCGUAGCAGUGAGUCAAAAAUGUUUUUAUGAAAACCCUCAGGUCGCCGCAGUGUUGCAGAAUAGUAUGCUUAGUGACUUGAACUUGAUGGAGCAUCGACACUUGAAAUGCGCUCUUGCAUACGUGUAUUUGCCUUUUUUGAAAAAGUGCCCGAAAGAACUCUACUCAUCUCUUCUAGAUCCCGUACUCACGAUGUUGUUCGGUCAUUUCGCGCAGCGGGCAAGAAUAAUCUUUUAUGGUCCGAAUACUGGAGAGAAGUUAGACUCGACACUUUGGAACGGACUUGUGGUUGGAAUUGAAGAUGCUAAGCAAGAAAUUGCGCGCGAGAAAAUGGUACUGGAGCUGACCCGUCAAAUAAUGGAAUUUAUCGAGAACGCGGUGGACCCUAGAACUGUCGUAGAUACUGAUACCGGCAAUCCAAAGCAUGUCACAAAUCCAGACGAUGCGUUUCUCCGAGAAUACAUUCUGUUCCAGUCGGCUAUCCUGCCGUUCACAAUUAUUGCCGUUUUGAUCCAGAUAAUUUGCUGGAAAGAUACAUUGAGUUGUCGAAAAGCGGUACUUCUUAGCGAGAAAUUGGUCAAUGUUUUGUACGCUGACGUGAGAUUUCACGAAGUUUUUGGACGCGAUUUGUUCUCUGCCGCGCUACAGGGACUUUUGCACGAGUAUGUCGGCCAUGUAAAGGAUGAUGGUUUGAAGUGGGAAAUUAUUAACUUGGCACGCAACAUUUACUGUAGACUGACAUUAGGAUUGAUUCCGGUUGAAGAGUGUAAAGGUAUCGAUCCAUGUAAUCAGCCGCUCCGUCCUGAUUCGUCACUCUGUGCGAUUCCACGUGAUAUUUUGCUCUCGCUUCCUGACGUCACACGUGAACAGGUAGAUCAUUUGGAUAGUUUGUUACGUGAAAAACACAGUAUGAAGACACAAAAAAACGCGUUCAAAGAGCUUCUCGAGAUGCCAAUAUUGGCUAUUCGAGAACAGCGAGCAUCUAUGAUGUCGCCAUUGACAAGCCUUCUAAGCAAUAAAACCGCAAUGGGGAGAAAAAUCAUUGAUCUGUCCGAGAAACUUAUUCUUUCUGACAAGGAAGCUGUUAAACACAACAAAUGGCAGCAAGAGCAAACUUCAGAUUUAAACAUCCAGUCUCUAUUCCAGCAAAGAUAA